AUGCAUUCCACCACUUUCUUCACGGUCGUGCUCUCUUUUUCCAUCUUGGCUCAUGGUCUCCCUCUCAGCACCAGCUCCGAGGUCACCAGAACCCAGGUUUUGCAUCUCUCUCGCAUCAUGAGCAGGGCAUACAACACCACCAUUCCGUCCGCUACUCUGCAAUCUGCAACUGCCGUAGUGACGAGUGAGUCAUCAUCCACUCAGGCCGAAGCUACACCACCUGCCCAUUUCAAACUAAACGUUGACGAGCCUUCUAAUCUGAAUCUCACAGGUAAAGCACAGUCAAUGCCUUCGUACGAGACUAUCCUGGAAUCUAACCCUGAGUCUGAUAUGAAAAACACCAUUGCCAUUACAGUCACAGUGGCUGUUAUUUUUGUCUUCUGCAUGGUUGUGUUGUUUUGGCAGAUGCAUCAGAAGUGA